UUGCCAAGGCUGGUGUGUCUCCAUGACAACACUAGUAGAGGAACGUGUCUGUGUAUAGCGCUACAGAGUGUAAAGAAAAGGAUGGCAGAAACCGGUAAUGGGAAAAAAGAGGAUGCCGAUUACAAAAGACUGCAAAGCUUUCCGCUCAUCAGGCACACAGAUAUGCCAGAGGAGAUGCGUGUGGAGACUAUGGAGCUGUGCGUCACAGCCUGUGAGAAAUUUGCCUCCAACAAUGAGAGUGCUGCCAAGAUGAUCAAGGAGUCCAUGGAUAAGAAGUUUGGCAGUUCGUGGCAUGUGGUGAUCGGUGAGGGGUUUGGGUUCGAGGUGAGCCAUGAAGUCAAGAACCUGCUCUACAUGUUCUUUGGGGGAAGUCUGGCCGUGUGCGUUUGGAAAUGCUCCUGAUGCCACUUCCUGCCCACACAAUAGCCACUGUGAGACAUUUAUACUCACGGAUCUGUCCUAACUAUGCAGCCCUAUUUGACUUGAGACGUGUUUGUGUGUGAAAUUGGAGGGGGAAAAAAGGAGACAGAUUCUUGUGCACUUCUCCAGAUCACUCUUUUCCCGUCUUAUUUUUUAAAGGCUUCAAUUUUAAGCCAUAAACACAGAAUUUAAGGAGUUUGAUUACGUUUUUAAAACAUUUUUAUUGAACCUAUGGAGUUUAUUGCAACUGACUGUAGGAUCUAAUUAAGAAAAUGUUAUAUUUUUUUCC